AUGGGCUCUAUUAUAUCGUUACCGGUCACAAUGGCCGGAAAUUGGCUUGCGGCAUGUUUAGGAGCCUCAUGCUGCUCAUGUUGUGUAAACACAAAGCUUAAUCCGCUUGCACACACAUUUCAAUCAUCUAUUGCUACGAGAAUAAUGUAUGCGGUGCUGUUCUGCAUAAAUUCUGCAAUUUCCUGGCUCUGUAUGAGCAAGAAAUUUACUCGUCUUGCAGAAAAAUUGGCGGUUGGUCCAUUUAGAAGUGCUUCUGCGUAUUGCAGAGAGAAAGGAUGUACAGGAUUUGCGAACGCACAACGAAUAAAUUUCUCCCUUGGUAUGAUACAUGUGGCGAUGGCUUUGCUCACCAUUGGAGUGCAAAGUACUAAGGAUCCACGUGCCAUAAUACAGAAUGGAUACUGGGUUGCUAAGCUUGUUGUUCUAACGCUUAUUUCUACAGUUUGCUUUCUCAUUCCGGACCAGUUCUUCGUUUUCUGGGGAAAUUACCUGUCGAUAUUCUUUGGAACGCUAUUUCUCAUAGUGGGGUUGAUCCUAUUGGUUGACUUUGCCCAUGAGUGGGCCGAGACAUGCCUUGAAAAGAUUGAUGAGGGUCAAAUCUUCUUGGAUGAUGGAUAUGGGGACACAAUUGAUGACGGAAGCAGUGCAAACGGAUUUGGAUCCUUGUUUCAGGAUGAACGAUUCUGGCGCGCAAUUUUGGUGGGUGGAACUGCCGCAAUGUACGCAGGAACACUUCUUAUGACUGGUCUUAUGUAUCAUUUCUUUGCCCAAAGCGGGUGUGGAAUGAAUACAGCAUUUAUUAGCGUAAAUGUCGUUCUUGCAGUGGCUGCAACAGUUCUCUCGAUCCUCCCAGUUGUCCAGGAAUACAAUCCAAAUGCAGGCUUGGCCCAGGCAUCGAUGUGCUGCGUUUAUUGCACAUACUUAAUCUUUAGUGCUUGUCUAAGUGAGCCAGAUGAUAAAAAGUGCAACCCGCUUAUUCGGUCUUCCGGAACACGGACACUUACUACUCUUGUGGGUGCACUAUUCACAUUUGUCGCAAUUGCAUACACAACCACUCGGGCAGCCGGAAAUUCAACGUUUAAUCACAGUUCUGCGAACCCAAACUAUGCCGACUCCGAAAACUACGACUCGGUGUUGGACAUCCUUACACAGGAGCCGGAGGAACGAAACCAAAUGCGGUAUGCGGCAAUUCAGGAGGCCGUUAAUGAGGGUUCAUUGCCGGAAAGUGCACUUUCGGAUCCUGCUUUUAUGGGCAGUGCUGGAGACGACGGCGACGCGUCGGUGACCAAGUCGAAAACUGCCACCAAGUACAAUUACACACUAUUCCAUGUGAUUUUCUUUUUGGCCACACAGUAUAUGGCGGCACUUCUUACUAUAAAUGUGGAAUCGGGUGAGGCCGAUGGCUUUGUGCCGGUUGGAAGGACGUACUUCAACACGUGGCUUAAAACGGUAAGCUCUUGGGUUUGUUAUUUAUUGUAUGCUUGGACAUUGAUAGCGCCGGUUUUGUUUCCUGAUAGAUUUUUGUGA